AUGCCCAGGCGCAUCAUCGCGGAGGUGAAGGUGCUGGACGUGCAGAAGCGGCGCAUCCCCAACAAGCACUAUGUGUACAUUAUCAAAGUCACCUGGUCCAAUGGAUCCACAGAAGUCAUAUACCGACGGUACAGCAAGUUCUUCGACCUGCAGAUGCAAAUGCUGGACAAGUUUCCAACGGAAGGAGGGCAGAAGGACCCCAAGCAAAGGAUCAUCCCCUUUCUGCCAGGGAAGAUCCUGUUCCGCCGGAGUCACAUCCGCGACGUUGCAGUCAAGCGCCUGAUACCUAUCGAUGAAUACUGCAAGGCCCUGAUCCAACUGCCUCCCUACAUCUCCCAGUGCGAGGAGGUUCUCCAGUUCUUUGAGACACGACCUGAUGACUUGAUGCCCCCCAAAGAGGAGCACAUUGGAAAGAAGAAAUCUGGGUUUAUCCAGAGAACGGCCUCUUUCCUGCAGCGAGGAGCUGACUCUGCGUCGGUCGACCCCUUGGUGCUGGAGCAGUAUGUCGUGGUGGCAAACUACCAGAAGCAGGAGAGCUCCGAGAUCAGCUUGUGCGUGGGCCAGUUGGUGGAUAUCAUUGAGAAGAAUGAAUCAGGCUGGUGGUUUGUUAGCACGUCAGAGGAGCAAGGCUGGGUGCCAGCAACCUGCCUGGAGGCCCAGGAUGGUGUCCAGGAUGAGUUCUCAAUGCAGCCUGAUGAAGAGGAGAAGUACACCGUCAUUUACCCAUAUACUGCAAGAGACCAGGACGAAAUCAACCUGGACAAAGGGGCUGUGGUGGUGGUGAUCCAGAAGAACCUGGAGGGCUGGUGGAAAAUCAGGUACCAGGGUCAAGAAGGCUGGGCCCCCGCCUCCUAUCUCAAAAAGGGGAAUGGAGAGAUGUUCUCGCAGAAGCUGGGUUCAGGCCCCUCCACUCAUUCCUGUGCCUUGGAUCUGGAUGGCAUCUCCCGGCAGCAGGGCGUGGGGAGCCGGGAGAGGGAGGCGCUUGCUGGCCCAAGGGAUGGGAGGUUUGACAGCCGGCCCCUGCCCACCGCUGACAGCCGACGCAAGUCACCAAAGAUGAGGCAGAGGCCCCCUCCUCGCCGAGAUCUCACCAUACCACGUGGCUUGAACUUGCCUAAACCUCCUGUCCCUCCUCAAGUGGAAGAGGAAUAUUACACCAUUGCUGACUUCCAGACCACCAUCCCUGAUGGUAUCAGCUUCCAGGCAGGAAUGAAAGUAGAGGUCAUUGAGAAGAACCUCAGUGGCUGGUGGUACAUUCAAAUCGAGGAGAAGGAAGGUUGGGCCCCUGCCACAUUCAUUGAUAAGUACAAGAAAACCAGCAAUGCAUCCAGGCCAAAUUUCCUGGCUCCACUACCCAACGAGAUGGCCCAGCUCCGGCUUGGCGAUGCUGUGCCUGACAGCAGCACUGGUGAGGAAGUGACAGGACCGUGUCGUCCUCUGCCAGAGGCUCCUCCUAAUGGUAUGGACUGUGGUGGAAAGUGGGCCAAAGACUGGAAGGGGAAGGAGGCUCCUGAGAGUGGGGACCCAGCCUUUGCCAGUGGGUAUGAGGAGAUCUCAGACCAUGACACAGAGGAGAAGCCCAGCCUGCCACCCAGGAAGGAGUCCAUCAUUAAAUCAGAAGGUGAGUUGCUGGAGAGGCAGAGGCCUCCUCCCAAGCCCCCAGGCAUGAUUCUGCCCAUGAUCCCACCCAAGCAGUUUGCAGCCCCAAAGGAUAGCAAGAAGCCUGAGCUGAAACCGGAGAAGGGCAAACUCUUCCAGCUGAAAAAUGAAAUGGGACUGGAAUGCGGACACAAGGUGUCAGCCAAGGAAGUGAAGAAGCCAAACCUCCGGCCCAUUGUCAAGCCAACCAAGCCAAAAGCUGAGCCUGUGGAGGACAAGCCUGAGCCCAUCACCCAGAAUCCGUUCCUGAAGUCAAGACCUCAGAUCAGGCCAAAACCUGCUGCAGCCGUCCGGACUGACCCACCUCCAGCUAAUGACAAACUGGAUAUUUGCAACCUGCGCAGCAAGCUUAGACCUGCAAAGUGCCCAGAGAGACCCUCUGAGCAGGACGCCACUGCCAGUGACAGCUCCUUCAGUAGCACCAUGGUCUCUUCAGAGGCUUCUGGAAGGUACCAGGAGCGACCAAGCAUGGAGAGCAAACCCCUGCCCAAGCUGGACAGCCAUGCUGCAAAAGAAGCAAUGCCCAAACCUCCCCUGGGCCCAGCAAACACCCCAGGUGCCAGGGAAACCCCAGCACAGCGCCCUGUUGUGCCACCCCGCAGGCCACCCCCUCCCAAGAAAACAGGGGGUCCUGCCUGCAGCCCCACAGUGGAGCUCAGGGCCCCAGCACAGGAAGCACCUGAAAGCAGACCAACUCCAGUUCCAGGGAGGCCCAUGCUGGUUCCUCCAAAAGCCAAACCAUUCCUCGCUGCAUCUGUCCAGGAUGAAGCCAAAGUGAAAAGCAGCGUAAGCCAAAAGGUUAUAUCCAAGCCAGUAGAGAGAGGGGAAGCCAGAGAGAGGACCUCAGCCCUUUUCUCCAGUCCAGACAUCUCCAGGGAAGCUCUCUAUGUGGCAGUGGCAGAUUUUGAAGGUGAUGAGGAGACCAACAGCUUUAAAGAAGGGACUUUGUUUGAAGUUCGUGAGAAGAACAGCAGUGGCUGGUGGUUUUGCAAGGUCCUAACUGGGGGCCCGUGCUGGGAGGGCUGGAUCCCUUCCAAUUACCUACGGAAGAAGCCAUAG